UAAUGUCAAUGAUAUCGAUCACAAAACUUCUUUCCACUCUGACAUGCUGUGGCGUUAUACCAAGAGGUUAAAAUAGUGUAUCGAAUCAAUAAUCCCUCGAGAGCUACACCGUUAGAUGAAAAACGCAGUUUUCUUGAGAAAAUUUGAAAGAGUUCACCAUGCCUAGACGAAAACAGCAGAAGAAGCCCGCUAUUGGUGAGGAUACAAGAAUUGCAGUGAAUUUGACUAUCAGGAAGCUUUUGGCUUCUUCGGAACAGAAAGAACUGGAGUUUCCAUCAUCGUACACUGCCGAGGAAAGAGCUUAUAUCCACGAGCUUGCCAAGGAACUAGGGCUCAAGUCUAAAAGUCGUGGAAAAGGUGCAAACCGUUUUUUGACCGUGUAUAAACGCGAAAGAUCAACGAUUGUUCAAGCUGAUGCGAUGAUAAAGUUACAGAAGCCUUCGAGGCAGUCAAUAUAUAAUUUGAUUCAGAAAUUCCCACUGAGUAACAAAGAACGACAAGAUUUACUCCCGCCGACCGAAAGAGAGCGAAUCGUUAGUGCUGAGGGUAAGAAACUGGUGAACACAAAUACAAAAGCGAUGGGACGUCUGAAUAGUGGCAUUCCGCAAGUUCCACAACUGAAGACAAACUUGGAUGUUUUACCAUUUCGCACAUGUCUUCCAGUUUUCAACAUGAGAAAAGAGAUAACGCAAGCACUCUCAUGUAGUCAAGUGAUAGUCCUAGCUGGAGAAACUGGCAGUGGUAAAACUACGCAAGUACCUCAGUUUGUUUUGGAUUACUGUCAGCAGCGGAACAAAACCUGCAGGAUAAUUUGCACUCAACCAAGAAGAUUAUCUGCUGUAUCAGUUGCAGAAAGAGUAGCGUUUGAGAGGAAUGAAAAGAUCGGACAAACUUUUGGAUAUCAAAUAAGACUGGAAAGCCGUGUCUCUCCCAAAACUCUAUUGACCUAUUGUACCAACGGCGUUCUUCUCAGGACACUAAUGGGUGGUGAUUCGGCAUUGGCUACCAUCACACAUGUUAUAGUAGAUGAAAUACACGAGCGUGAUAGGUUCUGCGACUUCUUAUUAAUUGCGCUAAGGGACGCACUCGUUAAAUUUCGUUCACUAAAGUUGAUCCUGAUGAGUGCUACUAUGGACACUGCUAUUUUCCAAAAAUAUUUCAACGAUUGUUCCGUCAUAAACGUUCCUGGAAGACUUUUCGAUGUAGAAGUUUUUUACCUCGAGGACAUCCUCAAACUUACUAACUACAUGACCAAAGACAUGUCAGUGAAGAAGGAAAAAAUGGUGAAUAAGAAAGACCAAAAAAAGGUAUUGGACUCCUGGACACAAUAUAAACCCCUGAAUUCACCUAUUAACGUAGUGUCAGAAAAGUUUCCAAUGCCUGCCCCAAUUUUGGGGCAGCAAAACGAACCGAUUCCAGAAAAAGUGGAGCUGGAGCCCAGGCUAGUCGACAAAAUGGACCGCUCGUUAUCUGAAGCUUGGUUGUGUGGUGGAGAAGAUAAAUUUACUCAGCUGUUGUAUUUCAUUCAAUCAGAGAAUGUCUCCGUGGAUUAUCAACAUUCAAAAACGUCUGUGACUCCGCUUAUGGUAGCUGCUGGCAGAGGAUGCGUGGACACGACCGAACGUCUUCUCAACCUGGGAGCAAAUCUUAGCAUCCGAUCGGUCAACGAUUGGACAGCCUUAGACUGGGCGAAAAAAAUGAACCAAGUGGAAUGCACCGAGUUGAUAGAGGCCUACAUGAAAACUUACGAUUGCUCGGUUCAGCAUGACCAUGAUAUACCGCAGGAUAAAAACAUUCCUAUAUCCGAGGAGGAUAAAACGCUUCUUGACGUCUAUCAUCACACCUUUAACGACGAGAACAUUGAUUACGAUUUACUCUUUUGCCUAAUACUUCAUAUUCAUUUGAAAAUGCCAUUGGGCUCGCUCCUCGUUUUCCUCCCUGGUUAUGACGAUAUUGUAACUAUGAGGGAAAGAAUUAAUGGAGAAGAAAGGAGGAUGAACGAAGAAUUCCGUUACAAUUUAUUUAUCCUUCAUUCUAACAUGCAAACAAGUGACCAGCUGCGAGUUUUCAAACCUAGUCCUGAGGGAACUAGAAAAAUAAUUCUUUCUACAAACAUAGCGGAAACUAGCAUAACAAUUGAUGACGUAGUUUACGUAAUUGAUUGUGGCAAGGUAAAGGAAAAGUCCUUUGAUGCUAUGUCCGGAGUCUGUACUUUGCGAUCUAAUUGGAUAUCUCAGGCUUCUGCUAAGCAGCGUAAGGGAAGGGCUGGUAGAUGCCAGAAUGGGAUUUGCUACCGUUUGUUCUCCUCAGUAAGAUUCAAUUCCAUGGAGCCAUAUCAGACUCCUGAAAUACUCAGAUUGCCACUGCAGGAAUUAUGCCUCUAUACGAAACACUUAGCACCUGGGAACACUCCAAUAGCCGAAUUUUUGGACCGAGCAUUGGAGCCUCCUUCAAGUGCCAUCACACGGAAUGCGGUUCAACUUUUGAAGACGAUUGAUGCAUUGGACCCGUGGGAAGAUCUCACAGAAUUAGGAAGUCAUCUGCUAGAUCUCCCUGUCGAACCCCGACUAGGAAAAAUGCUGUUAUAUGCAGUAGUUUUAAAAUGUCUUGACCCAAUUCUAACUAUAGUUUGCGGUUUGGCUUACAAAGAUCCGUUCAUUCUACCUUCACAACCAUCACAAAAACGAGCAUCCACUUUAGCCCGCAAGGAGUUUUCUGCUGGAACUUACUCCGACCACAUGGCUGUCCUGCGAGCUUUCCAAAGUUGGCAGACAGCACGAGCUAGUGGAAGAGAGCGCCAGUUCUGUGAAAAAAACUUCAUUUCCGCGGCUACAAUGGAAAUGGUUGUUGGGAUGCGAACACAGCUUCUCGGACAACUCAGAGCCUCUGGGUUUGUCAGAGCUCGUGGCCCUGGCGAUAUUCGGGAUUUGAAUACUAAUUCUGAAAACUGGGCCAUAGUCAAGGCAGCACUCACAGCAGGAUUGUAUCCAAAUUUGAUCAGGGUGGACAGAGAAUAUUUGCAACUGAGAACGCAUAAGGAAGUCAAGGUCGUGUUUCAUCCUUCUUCGACGUUAAGGGAUUAUCCCAAAUCCCCGAGGACAACCUCAGCCCAGUCUCACUCAGCAAAUGUCGAUGCUUUGCCAUGUGAUUGGUUAAUUUAUGAAGAAAUGAGUAGAUCCGGACGUUUCUGUCACGUCAAAACGGUCACCCUGGUCAACCCUAUGACCGUUGCGCUGUUCAGUGGCCCCGCUCGUUUGCCAAUGGAGAUGAUUAACGAGGCUGAAACACUUCCCGAGAGCGAGUCAGAUUCCGAGGUCGACGAGGUCCAAGAGGAAAUGACGAUUUUGAAACUCGACGACUGGGUUGUGUUCAAGGUUGAUCCCGAGGCUGCGCAACUGAUUUUACUUCUCAGGCAGAAAUGGAACGCAUUGUUUUUGCGAAGAAUGAAAACCCCCAGCAAGCUCAUGUCUCAACUGGAUGAACAAGUCAUCAGGACAGUCGUCGCUGUUAUUACUAAUGAAGAAAAGGCGUGCGGCCUUCAUCAACCUUCGGGAAUCGGUCAAAGACCUCGUCCAUUGAUAGUAGAUUAUUAUCCAGCCAGUGCCAGGCGGGUGGAUGAAUACGAAGAUAGAAAUUUCUAAAUUUGUUGGGAACAGCGAAUCGCGGGAAUCACUGAAGGAUGACCGUUCCCAUCUGAUUCUUCCACCAUUCUGAAAACAGCCGUUUCUCAAAAUCCCGAAAAGUAUUCUGCUCAGAAAUUUUCUACUUCUAUUCAAAAAACUAAUACAUUGUCGCAAAGUUAACCCUAGCCGAGAGGUAUUGAGGGAUUUUAUAUCUGCGAUCAUUGAAAAUUAAUUCGCUUUACCGAAUGGAAGGAGCCAGCGUAUCUAUGGAUAAAGCAACAUGCGAGGCGCGAGAAGAUCGAUGUGCCCUCCUCCUUUCAUACAAGCGAAAAGUUCAAUGAAAAGUACAAAGAGUGCUUGCGAGAUCGUCAGCUUCGAAUUUGGGUGCUGUUAGAAAUUCGAAAAACAGCCACUUCGCAUCACACAACAGUCAUCACCGACAAUAUUCUAAAGAUAAAAUAGCAGCAGCCGUCUUGGAAGAUGCAAGCACUUUUCCAGCAUUUCAGUAAAAAUAACAAAAUUUUCCACGAUCAAGUUCUUUCAACCGAUCGAUUGGUAAUUUAUUUUUAAUGCAAACAGAAUAUAAAAAUGAUAGUUUUUUUUUUUCCUUUGCAACACAGGUCUAGCAUUGUAAUCGUCCAGCCUGUAAAUUGAUAUGCAUUUUUCAUUUCCAUUUCUAUUCUUACAUUUAUUGCUUAAUGGGACGGUAUUUUAAUUUUUUUAAAUACGUAAUAUUUAAUAAUUUUGCAAGGUUGUGCAGUGUUUAAUUAAUUAAGUUGUUUUCACUAGUCGUAGGUUUUCUAAACUACAAUAUGUAUUAUAACGCUGGAUGGUUGACUCAAACCAUAAAUAAAAGCGGAUUUAUAAUUCAUUGUCA